AUGGUGAAGCAGACGAUCCAGAUAUUCGCCAGGGUGAAGCCCACUGUCCGGAAGCAGCCACAAGGGAUUUAUUCCAUAGAUGAAGAUGAAAAAUUAACACCUAGCUUGGAAAUCAUCUUACCUCGUGAUCUGGCAGAUGGAUUUGUGAAUAAUAAGCGAGAAAGCUACAAAUUUAAAUUUCAAAGGAUUUUUGAUCAAGAUGCAAACCAAGAGACCAUUUUUGCAAACAUUGCCAAACCAGUUGCUGAGAGUGUCCUGGCAGGCUACAACGGUACCAUCUUCGCCUAUGGGCAGACCGGCAGCGGUAAGACGUUCACCAUCACCGGCGGAGCAGAGCGCUACAGCGACAGAGGCAUUAUCCCAAGGACGCUGUCAUACAUUUUUGAGCAAUUGCAAAAGGACAGCAGCAAAAUAUACACAACUCACAUUUCUUAUUUGGAAAUCUACAAUGAAUGUGGUUAUGAUCUGUUGGAUCCAAGACAUGAAGCCUCCAGUUUGGAAGAUUUGCCGAAAGUGACAAUAUUGGAGGACCCUGAUCAGAACAUUCACUUGAAAAACCUGUCUCUUCACCAGGCAACCACGGAGGAGGAAGCUCUGAAUCUGCUCUUCUUAGGAGAUACCAACAGAAUGAUUGCAGAGACUCCUAUGAACCAAGCGUCAACUCGUUCCCACUGCAUCUUCACCAUCCACUUGUCAAGCAAAGAGCCAGGCUCCGCAGCGGUCCGGCACGCCAAGCUUCACCUGGUGGACCUGGCUGGUUCGGAGCGCGUUGCCAAGACCGGAGUCGGGGGCCAGCUCCUGACGGAGGCCAAGUACAUCAACUUGUCUCUGCACUACCUGGAGCAGGUGAUCAUCGCCCUUUCGGAAAAGCACCGUUCGCACAUCCCAUACAGGAACUCCAUGAUGACCAGUGUCCUGAGAGACAGUUUGGGGGGGAACUGCAUGACGACCAUGAUUGCCACACUGUCCCUGGAGAAAAGGAACAUCGAUGAGUCCAUCUCCACCUGCAGAUUCGCACAGCGGGUGGCGCUCAUAAGGAACGAAGCUGUUCUCAACGAGGAGAUUGACCCCAGAUUGGUGAUCGUGCGUCUGCAGAAGGAGAUCCAGGAGCUGAAGGACGAGCUGGCCCUGGCCACCGGCGAGCCGAGGACAGAGGCGCUCACAGAGGCAGAGGUCAUCCUGUUGGAAAAACUAAUAACAUCCUUUUUGGAAGACCAGGAUCCAGAGAGCAGACUAGAGGUUGGCGCCGAUAUGCGUAAAAUCCACCACUGUUUCCAUCAUUUCAAGAAACUGCUGAAUGACAAGAAGAUCCAUGAGCAGAGCACCGUGUGCUCCGAAGUCACAGGCCAAGACUGCCACGAACCAUUAAAAGAGGAAGAAUAUAAAAAGCUACGAGACAUUCUGCAGCAGAGAGAUAAUGAAAUCAAUAUUCUGGUCAAUAUGUUGAAGAAGGAGAAGAAGAAAGCUCAGGACGCCCUCCACUUGUGUGGCAUGGAGAGAAAGGAGUUUCAACAUGCCCAGAGCUCACCCCUCUCACCUGGGGAGCCGGCAGGUCCCGGGGCACUGCCCCUAUCCGCUCCCUCACAGGUCCAGGAUGCCACCACUCUGGGCCACAGAUCCAGUUUGCUGUGCAGAAAAACAGGGAUGAGAGAGGAAAUGUCACUCGGACGCCAGGAGGCUUUCGAAAUCUUCAAGAGGGACCACGCUGACAGCGUUACCAUCGACGACAACAAGCAGAUUCUGAGACAGAGAUUUUCGGAAGCAAAGGCCCUGGGAGAAAAUAUCAAUGAAGCAAGGCGUAAGAUUGGUCACCUGAAGGAAGAACUUACCCAGCGGCAUCUGCAGCAAGUGGCCCUAGGUAUCUCAGAAAACACGGCCGUGCCCUCGGUGCCAGACCUGCUGGAAGAGACCCUGCGGUCACAGCUGGAGGAGGAAAAGAGAAGGUAUAAAACCAUGUUCACGCGCCUGAAGGCCCUGAAGGUGGAGAUCGAGCACUUGCAGCUGCUCAUGGACAAAGCCAAGGUGAAGCUGCAGAAGGAGUUUGAAGCCUGGUGGGCAGAGGAGGCCAGCAGCCUGCAGGUGAGCUCGCCAGCAGGGGAUUCGCUCAGGCACACGCCGUCUCUCCCCCCGAGGCCCCAGCUUCUCUCUAACAAAAGUGAUGUGCGUGCCAGGAAAAUCCUGCCCUCGCCUGGCCCCGUCCUGCCCAGCUGGGAGCAGACCAGCCCUCGAGCCUCCCUGGACGACAGCAUCCCUGAGAGGCCGACCUCAACCAUCCCUCUCACCGGAGACAGCCAGACGGAUUCCGACAUCCUGGCAUUCAUCAAGGCCAGACAGAACGUCCUGCAGAAGAAGUGUAAGUGCACUUCCUCCAGGUCGACGGUACACCUUUUAGACUGUGAACAGUACCAUCGUAGCCGGGUGGCAGGGGGCAGCCCCACGGUGCAACAGGGGAGGAUAACAGUCAUCGUGAGCUCUCUACCAGCCCACUCCCCGGCCCCACCCCCGGAGUAG